GCAACACUGAGGACGCGACGCGCCAUUUGCGUGGUCUACUAACAUCAAAUUUAGGAACGCUGUUGGCGUCUAUAGAUUGUGUUAUUGAAAAAAACAUACAUAUAACCUCCCCGUUUGCUGUUUGGAAUAUCAUUUAUGCUGAAAAAAAGAAAAAAUCACCAAACAUGAAGUUUAUUGAAGGCGAGGAAGUCCUCGCAAAACAACCAAAUACCUCGGAAUUUCAAAAAGGAAAAGUCGUUAAUGUAAAAGGAACUAAUUAUCAAGUUCAAUUUAAAGGAGGAUCAAAAUUUUUAGUCAAGGAAGCCGAUAUGAAGCCAACAAGAACAUCAAGAAGCGCAACGAGGACAAGAGGACAGGUGAAAAAAAGUCCUUCACGAAAUUCACCGAGUCGGCGAUCACCCAGUAGACGAUCUCCAGGUAGACUUCCAAAUCAAAGUAGAAAAUUGACAGCACGAAGUUCAAGGCUUAUACAGAUCUCAGACGAUGAGCGCAAAGAAGGUUCAAGUGAAGCCAGUGGAAGUAUUCAAGACGAUGAUUCAGAUGUGAUCCCUCUUCAAUCGCGGAUUCGUGAAGGUCCACAAUUGACGAGACGUUCCAUAAGAAUCAUGUCCAAUGUCGCGAAAGCUGAACAAGAACAAAGACUAAUUGCCCUUACAAGAACAAUUGAUCGCGCGGCUUCCCUUCCAACUGAAAGGAAUGCCCAAGCAUACGACAGUAUCAGAGAGAGCAAAGAAAGAGGAUUUUCUAUGAUUCGAGAUUCAGACUUAAAGAAAAGUGCCCUUUACGAAGAUAGCUCGGUUUUGGAUACAGUAGUUCCGGAAAAGCACAAAAAAGAAGUUGAUCUCCUUAGCAAACCACAAGAAUGGGGCGGCUGGUUUGGAGUAUUAUUGCUAAUGUUCAUAGGACCAGUUAGUAUCCUCUUACCGCAGAUUGCAUGCUCGAGAGAGCGCUGCAGCAUGUCGAAAUUUCGUUUCAGUAAAGAUAUCAAAUCAUACCUGAAUGCCAAUGUAUUUUUACUAUAUGCGGGCUAUUUGCUCUUUGUGAGUAUAAUGUCUUUGGUGCCAAUUGGUUGGAUUGUCGAAGGUCAACAAACAAGAGUUGGAAGACUCAAAUACAGAAUUAAUGGUUUAUUAACUGGAAUAUUGGUCAUGAUUGCGUAUGGCGUCGCUGAGUACAAAGGAUAUCAAAUUAGCAGUUUCAUUUUAAACAAUAGUGUAGAAUUUACACUCGUUGGAUUAAUUUAUGGAACAAUUUUAUCAAUUGUUCUCUACAUUAAAGGAGGCAGAGCGUCAGUAGCCAAUUUGAAUAUACACGCAACGACCAAUAAUCAUAUCUAUGAUUUCUGGCAAGGAAGAGAAACCAAUCCACGAUUUGGACCCUUAGACAUUAAGUUCAAUUUUAUCCGAGCUACUCUAAUUGGAUCGAUUAUUGUCUCCGUGGCUGUAAUUGUAAAAAUUUUCCAAGGAUCUCAAAGUCUUUCGCUUGAAACACUUAAUUUGACAGCGCUCAUUGCAGCCAGUUUGCAAAUACUUUACGUACUUGACGGUUUGAUUUUCGAAAGUGCAUUUUUGAGUUCUUUUGAGGUUGCGUAUGAGGGAACUGGAUUUAUGCUCUGCUUUGGAUAUUUAAUGUAUCCAUUUGUUUGCACUCUACCCGCAAGAUUUGCACUUUAUAACAAGGUUUCUCAGUCUCCAUACAUUUUGGCACUAUUAGUCGUGUGUUAUUCAAUUGGCCAUGGUAUCUACAGAUAUUGUAAUUCUCAAAAGGACGAAUUCAGAAGAAAUCCACUUUCUCCCAGACUGGCUCGUUUGGAAACAAUUCCAACUGUAAGAGGUAAAAGAUUGAUUGUAUCUGGCAUAUGGGGCUACGUUCGACAUCCGAAUUAUCUUGGUGACAUUAUUCUUCACUGGUCAAUUGCUGGUUUAAUUGUCGUCAAAGAUCUUUUGCCAUAUUAUAACGCAAUCUUUUUGACAUUGAUGUUGAUAUAUCGCUCAAUUAGAGACAAUAGGCGAUGUCAGCAGAGAUAUGGUCUCGCUUGGGAGGAAUAUUGCUCUCGCGUGAAAUAUAUGAUUAUAAAAAGAAUAUUUUAAAACUCCUUAAGAUCAAAGGGGGUCCUCAAUUUUUUUUUGCAUUCAGCGGGCCACGAUUGUUAAAUCGAUUCAAUUUAUAAAAAUUUAAUUUUCAUGUACAUUAUACGUGUACGUGUUUGUAUAUUUCGUGGCAUAUCUAAAUUAAUAAGUUUAAACUAUUUAUUAGUGAUUAAAUUUUUGAAUUUGAAAUACCAGGUAAAGGAUAUUUUUAUCUGAGGCUUUUUAUAUUUUCUAGGGAAAUUACCAUCUAUGUAUAUAGAGAUUUUUAUACGUAGAUCAAAUAAAAUUGUAUAAAGAGAAUUUUAAUGAGGGAGGGAAUAAAUUAUUUUUCUAAAGUGCUUUAAUGACUUAAAUGAUGUGGCUCGCAAAUCUUGCGUUUUUGAGGGCCUCUGUGUUUAGGUCAAAAAAGAAGAAGAAAAAAAAAGUUGAUCAAUUGUGUCGUAUAAUGAACUUUGAAAUACGUUUUGAAAUUUUAAUGAGUACUGUCUAUGUCUUUUUUUGUAACAAGUUUAAAUUAUUAUAAAUGAAUGUAUUUCAGAGUAGUCUCGGGGAGCAAGACAAUACAUCGAUUUAUUAAUUUGCCAAUCAUGAAAAUAGAUUCUAUUAUGAUUUUGGCACUGAAAAAAUUGUAUUCUUAAGUCACGACACUCACUCUGUUUUUUUAAGGGAUAAAUAUAAAUACUGAAUAUACAAUAUAAAAUAUGUGAAAUUGAAAAAAUAGCAGUUAUUAAAUAAGACUGUUAUUUAUAUAUAAGACUAAGUUUUAAGCAAGAAGAAUCCAUGACACUUCAGAUCACAAAUUUUAAAAUAAGAAUUUUAUACUUUUCUAAUUGUAUAAUUAUAUUUACAUAUUCAUGGAUGAAUACUUUGAUAAAUAAAGAAAUGCAAUAUGAAUAA